AUCAACAAAUACGUCGUCGUGCAGACACGAGGGGGACUGUUUUUCUCAAUACUUUCAGGCAGCUAGUAGAAAAACAAAAGAUACAUAAGACUUGGACACAGAUCUCUUCCUAGGACCGAGGACCAGGGGUAGAUCUAUGAUGGCCCAGUCAUGGAGUUUGAUCGUAGGCGUGAUUGGUAUAUUGUUUUAUUUCUACCAUAAUAAGAGCAAACAAUCUGUAGAAGAGUCUAUGGUUCUCAAUGGAACAUAUGACUACAUUAUAGUCGGAGCAGGAUCAGCCGGAUGUGUCCUUGCAAACCGACUUUCGGAAGAUUUGACAUCUACGGUGCUUAUCGUAGAGGCCGGGGGUUCCGAAGAGGAAAAUGAAGUGAUGCACAUUCCGGCUCUUCCUGGGUUACUACAGAACACAAAACAGGACUGGGCAUUUAGAACUGUACCUCAAAAGAAAUCAUGCCAGGGAUUAAAAGAUCAGAGAAGCGCCUGGCCAAGAGGAAAGGUACUGGGUGGUUCUAGUUCUAUCAACUAUAUGCACUACAUUAGGGGGAAUCGCUAUGACUUUGAUGGAUGGGUCAAAGAGGGGUGUGAGGGAUGGAGCUACAAAGACGUCCUACCCUACUUCAUCAAAUCGGAAGACAAUCAGAUUUCUAGGCUCAAGGAUUCGGCCUAUCACGGAACAGGGGGUCCUCUUGUGGUCAGUGACGGCGUGUCAUCGCCUAUAAACGACAAAGUGUACAGACGAGGGAUGGAGGAGCUGGGAUACAAGACAGUGGACUGUAAUGGGGAGUCUCAAACAGGAUUUUGCUUUGGUCAAGAAACGGUCAGAAACGGAGAGAGAUGGAGUACGGCCAAAGCGUUUCUAAGACCUGCAAUGAAUCGUCCCAAUCUCCACGUGUCUACAAACUCUCAUGUUACAAAGAUAUUGAUCGAAAAAGGAAAAGCAGUCGGUAUAUGGCUUGUAAAGGACAAUGUAAAAUAUACCGUCAAAGCCCGUAAAGAGGUCAUACUUUCUGCUGGUGCUGUAAACAGCCCUCAAAUUCUGAUGUUGUCAGGAAUUGGACCAAAAGAGCACCUGUCUUCGUUAAAGAUUCCAGUCAAAGUUGAUUUACCCGUAGGAAACAACUUGGAGGAUCACUUGAUGCUUUUCAUGAUAUUUCGAGAUAACACAUCCUCGGGGUUCAACCCUUCUGAUUGGGAUGAUUUGCAAUAUAAACUAUUCAGAUCAGGUCCUUUUGGAAAAGUGCACUUGGAGGCUAGUGCAUUUUUUGGUGAUGACAAGAAAGUUCCUCCCUACUUUCAAGUUUUAUUUUACACUAUUCAAGCUCGCACAGAAUAUGCAAGGGAGUUUCAAGGAAUGUAUAACUAUAAUCCUCAGAUAAUAAAGGGGAUGGCCAAUUUCUAUAAAAGUAUAUUAGAGAAAGAUGAAGGAAUGUUCCUGACAUGCAAUGGUCUUCUCCAUCCUAAAAGUAGAGGAACAAUUCGACUCCAGAGUGCAGACCCGUUUGAUCCGCCUCUUAUUGAUCCAAACUAUUUAGAUCACCCGGAUGAUAUAAAGGAUUUCUUAAAAGGGUUGAAAGAAAUGCUACGAUUAGCUAACACCACGGCGUUUAGAUCUGUGGGUGCCUCGCCAUCUGACCCUUACAAAGAGUACUAUCCGCCCUGUAACUCCUUACCCUACCCUUCAGAUGAGUACUUGACAUGUAGACUAAGACAUUAUGUGUACACUAUAUACCACCCGACGUCAACGUGUAGGAUGGGAAAAGAUGGCGAUGAUACUGCUGUAGUCGAUCUACAACUGAGAGUUAAAGGUAUCAGCAAUCUCCGAGUAGUGGACGCUUCCGUCAUGCGCCAUGUCACUUCCGGAAAUACCAACGCUCCUACCAUUAUGAUAGCGGAAAAAGCGGCAGAUAUGAUUCGAGGAAUUGAUAGUGUGAAAGAUAUCCGAAAAAAGACGGAGUUGUUGUAGAGCUUUGUACAGAUAUAUUAUUUUUAUAGAGAAUAAUAUGUUUUACGGUGCGACCGUUGGGGCGAGCGCAGCAUGUGAUCAAACAAUGAAUUAUAAUAAAUUAAUAAAAUAAAAUUAACUACGUGAAAUUUGAAUGCCAAAAAAUAAAACAUACCUAUUUUUCAGUAAAUUUUCAUUAUUCAUAGUUUAUAAGAUUUGUUAUAAUUUAUUUAUUUAUAUGUAGAACAAUAGUUUAAUCUCAGAUACAAUGUUGUUAAAUAAUAAAGAUUUUAAUAUAUAAAUAUUCAUUGCACUGCAUCUCCUCUUUUAAGUGAUUGUGAUUAUGAUUGAUUGAUUGAUUUCCCCCUUUUUUUUUGCAGUAGACAUUUUUUCUUAAACUUAUAUAUAAAACUUGACAUAUCAUAGAGCUCCCCCCAUGCGAAAAUUUUUUUCAUUUUUGUAAAUUUAUACAUCGAAAAUCGACUUACCAUGGAUUUGCCCCUCCACUUAAAAAAAAAAUAAUUAAUGUUUCAUUUCAUUUUUAAUUUACGCUUAAAAAUAUUUGCUUAUCGUGUUAAAAGAAUAUGGUGUUGUCCCCCCCCCCCCCUCGCAUGUAAUAAAUGGAAGUGAAAAUAAAGAAACCAUUGAACUGCUAAGAGCUGAAGGAUUAGAAUUUUCAUGAUUUAUUGUUCUUUUUGCUUGCAAAGAUUUUUUGGAUGAGGCUGCCAUCCACCCCCCCCCCCUUUAAAAAAAGGCGCUGCUACGUAUAACGUUACGUUUCAGGAAAUUACCGUAAUUAUAGUGAAUAAAAUAUUUGUGAGCAUUCAUCCAAAUUAGUGCAAUUUACAACUGUUUCCUAGCUGUAUCUGAAGAAAUGUCCUUAUUCGUCAGCUGUUCUUUAUCUUAGCCUUUGCAAGAUUUUAAGAGGAUUUUGGUCAUUUCAGCAGAUUUACAAUAACUUCAAUUAGAGUAAUUUCCCCUUAUCAGUGCUUAUUGUGACGUCAAAGCUGACGUUGGUUAAGUGUCGUCUUACUCUUUAAAACUCCCCUGAGAAAUAAAAGUAUGCGAAGUAUACUGUUUUAUUUACUUAAAAAGCAUGAUGUUCUUAAAAUUACACAUCUUAUAAGCUUUUCAAAGGUUUUACUUUGAUUCUCGGGAGAACGUGAUGUUGGAACGUGAGGUUGGAAACCAUUGGUACUAUGAAAUGUGGGUCAAAAUUUACUGACUCCGAAAAAAUAUAUCGGAUCAAUGUGUAAACGUUUGUGACGUCACACGAUUAUUUUUGAUUGAAAGUGUACUGAGGUGAACUUUAGAGGUAACAAUGACUGUAUGUCGCUUACAUCGUUAUUGUUUUUACUGUCUAAAUUUGUCUUGCUGAUUCUCGUGAGAGUGUGAAGUGAUAAAAAUUGCCAUGAUUACAGGGAACUACUGGGACGAUUAAAACGAUGCAUUACUGGUCCGAUUUACUGACGCCAAAAAAAUCCGUUGAAUGAAUGUGCAACUAGCCCGAAUUUUCUAUUCACACACGCCUUGCCGGUAGAGCUCGCUUCGCGCCGGCGCUGCGCGCCGGCGAGCUGCGCUCGCUAUUAAAUCCUUCUAUAGAUAUGUAUUUUUUGGUUCAACAUAUUCAUAAGGUUAUUUCAAUACUUUAGUUUUCUCAAAUUACUCGUUGUACAAUUUAUAUUAAAUGAAAAGCAAAACGAUACCAAAUUGUACAUGUAUAAUGUUUUUUCUUUAUAUCUAUAUUAUUAUCUCCUUAUAGAAUCAAAAAGGCGAAAUGUUAUCAAAUUAUUAUGCGUUUUAUCAUCUCCUUGUAUUAUCAUGCGUAUGAUAAUACUGCAUGUACCCUUACUUGAUUUAUAUUUUUACAAUAUUGAUAAACGACUUUUGUCCGUUGUCUGUCGUCGUUAGCGUUGGCGGCGUUGUUGUUUUUGUUGACUUUCUAAAUUUUCAUCUUCUUCUCCAGAACCACUGGGCAGAUUUCAACCAAAUUUAACAGAAAGCGUCACUGGAUAAAGCUUAUUCAAGUUUGUUCAAAUGAAGGGCCAUGCCCUCUUUAAAGGGGAGAUAAUUUCGAAUUAUUGAAAAUUUGUUCACUUGGUACUUUUAAAAAAUCUUCUUCUCAAAAACUUAUUGGCCAGAGAAGCUGUAACUUGUAUGGAAGCAUCCUCAGGUAGUGUAGAUUUAAGUUUGUUCAAAUCAUGGUCCCCGGGGGUUGGGUGGGUCCACAAAGGGGUGGGGGUCAAGUUUUACAUAGGAAUAUAUAGAGUAAAUCUUUAAAAAUCUUCUUCUCAAAAACUUUUUGGCCAGGAAAGCCCAAGUUUGAGUGGAAUCAUCGUCAGGUAGUGUAGAUUCAAGUUUGUUCAAAUCAUGGUCUGCAGGGGUAGGGCGGAGCCACAAUGGGGGAAUGGAUUUUUACAUCGGAAUAUAUACAGAAAAUCUUUAAAAAUCUUCAUCUCAAAUCCGAUAAGGCCAGGAAAGCUCAAAUUUGGGUGGCAGCAUCUUCAGAUAGUAUGGGUUCAAAUUUGUUUAAAUCAUGGUCUCCGGGGGUAGGGUGAGGCCAACGUGGGGAAUGAGUUUUUACAUAGGAUUAUACAGAGAAAAUCUUUAAAAAUCUUCUUUUUUAAAACUAUUCGGUCAGAAAAACUCAAACUUGUGUGGAGGCAUCCUCAGGUAGUGUAAAUUCAAGUUUGCUAAAUCCUAUCCCUGGGGGUAGGACGGGGCCGCAAUGGCGGGAUGAAAUUUUACAUAAUAAUAUAUAGAGAAAAUCUUUAAAAAUAUUCUGGUAAAGUUUUUAGUCCAAAAAGCAGUAACUUGUGUGAAAGCACAGGUUGUGCAGAUCAAAGUUUGAUGAAACCAUGAUUCCCUAGAGAAAAGUGGGGCCACAAAAUGGGGGGUGGGGUAUAUAGGAAAAGAGAAAAAUCUUCUCACAGGUACAACAACAAAAGGGUCUUGGUAUUUACCAAAAAAAAUAUGUGGAUAAAAAUUGGCAGAUUUUAAUUUUUUUAGCCAGAUCUACCGUACUUAGUUGUCAAGACAUUUUAAUUUUGAUAAUGUAAUGUUAAUUUGAUCAGAGUUAAGGCAAUUGUUGCUCAGGUGAACGAUUUGGCCCCUGGGUCUCUUGCUUUUACGCACGUUUGUAAGUAAGAUGUAUUGAAAGUUCAGGUGAGCAAGGAUGCCUGUACAAAAAAUAGUUCAUGAUUAAUAGGUCAAAUGCUUUAGGAUAUAAUAGCAAGAGUUAAUUGAUCAUGCACAUAAAAAUUCACUUUGAUUUUCAAUAUUUUUUUUUAAAAUGAUAUACAUGUAUAUGUUUUAACGAUUUCUAUUUUUAUAACUACUGUAUUUAUAGUGUUUUCAACAACCAUUACAUUUGUAUAACUACUAUACCUCAGCUGACCCUUCCUAACCCGCCUUUGUUGUUUUAAUUUGUGAUUGAUUGACUUGUGUUUUGAUAACGAGUAGAUAUUGAUAACGCUAAAGUUAAGUUUGAGUUAUACAUUUAUAUUUACAUUCAGUGUAUAUUUCCCCUUAUGUUGGCAUUGGAACUGUGCGACGUUCAAUUUCCUAUGAAUGCACUUUGCUUAUGCGCCAUGAGCACAAAUAUAAACGUCAUCAUGUGUUUUGAGUAUAUUUAUUUUUGUAAGAUUAAAUGAAACUUUCAAUCUUACAUGACCAAUUUGAUAUGUACUUUUGAAAAAUAAUCAUUAAAUCAUAUCUACUCCUUAAUAAAAAAGUUCUCUCUA